CGUAUGUUUAACCGAGAAAGAAUUAGAUCAAGUGUUUUAAAAAAAAACAUGUGUUUACAGCUAAUAAUAAAUAUAAAUAUUUUUAACGUAUUUUAAGAUUCGACAAUUAUGCAGAGAACAUAGUUAUGGAUGGUCAAGAGUACAACAUGUGUCUGUGGGAUACUGCCGGCCAAGAAGAUUACGAAAGACUUAGGCCACUGUCUUAUCCAAAUACGGAUUGUUUUCUACUUUGCUAUUCAGUUGGUAGUCGAAGUUCAUUCGAAAACAUUGCCAGUAAAUGGCAUCCGGAAAUUCAACACCACUGUCCGAAAAUACCUGUGAUAUUGAUCGGUAAGGCUUGAUGACGAAUCUCGUGCAUUGUACCAUAGUUAUGGGAGCGAAUGCUGGGAUAUUAUGUUCU